AUGGCUGGCGCCAAGAAGAAGAAGAAGCCCGCCGCCAACCCGGCCCGCGGCUUCGCGACAACGUCGAUCGCUUCCAAGCCACGCCCCGAGGCCGCAGAGGCCGUCGACGAAAAGCCAGCGCCCACCGGCACCGUCAAACCGAGCGGCGAUGCCCCUCCUCCAACCGUCACUGCCCCGCCAUCCGCCGCAACGGCCGACACCGCUGCCCAGGAGCCCCCGCCGCUGAGCGCCGAAGAGUUCGAGAAGCAGCUCGAGGAGUCUGCCCUGCAGCUGCUUGUCGAGAAGCAUGCCCAAAAAGCGAAGCGCGAUGCCCAGCGGCAGCGCUCGCGGCUCGAGACGGACCGGCGCCUGCUGCGCAACCAAGCCGAUACCGUCAACAUACCCAAAUGGCUUCCCCCGGAGUUGAUGGACUACAUACUCGACAUCAUCAAGGCCGAGACUCGUUUCGCCUCCUCUAGCAUAUCCACCGAAAACGCAGGCACCGGCAAGAUCCCGUCCGAGGAUGACUUGGUCCUGCGCCUGUGGACCCUGCGGCAGACGCUCGAAGCCGUCGGCUUUCCUGAGGCUCGGGUCGAGGCUGCAAUGCAGCAUAUCCUCGACAUCGCCGCCAGUGUCUCAAAUGUCUUCAAGGAUUCUAUCUGGGGUUUGGAGGAAGCCCUUGAUUGGUUGGCGCGUGAAUGCUCUCCAGAGGAACUUCCUCCUUACGAGUUCAGGGGCAAACCCGUCUCCAGAGAAACGCCGUCCGGCAGCCCGUUCCCUUCCCGGCCGCACACGCCCAAGCCUGAGUCCCACGGUGGACGUCGGGGCAAGGACUCCAGCAAGUCCAAUGCUGCCGGGCGGCCCGGCAAGGGUCCAUCCAAAAAGCUGAUUGUGACGUACGAUGCCGAAAUUGAGCCAGAGGACCUGGUUCCUGAGUAUGUUUCAGCCAAGGCGAAACUGCUGGAGCUCACGCGCGGGCCAGUCAGCAAGGCCGCUGAAGCAGAUGGUGACGAUACCGAGCUUGCAAUCGCGAAGCUUGAAGCAAAGCUGCACAAGAUCGAGAAUGACGUCCUGUUCGAUAAAGUUGCUGCAGAGAUGAAGUGGAAGAGCGAGCGGAUAGUUGUGGAGAGACAGCUGGCAGCCGCCAAGAAGGAGGCCCAGGAAGCGGCCGCGGAAGAGCCCAAGGCGUCGACCCAGACUCCAGAUCCCAAGGCAAAAGAUGAGGACGAUGUUGCCGCAGAGGCGGAGCGAAUGGCCGCAGAGAUCCUCGCUGAAACAAACGAUGACGACGAUGACGACAUUGCUGGGCUAUUCGCGUCGCUACCGCAACACGAAGUCGACCCGAGCACGGGCAAGACGCACACGGUCAUCAACUCAGCAGAUGGGUCGAAGAUGGUGUUGCGAGACUUUGGCAAGUGGACAGGAGUCAGUCCGCGGCGAGUUUUGGAAGAGGCUUGUCGCGCGAGGGAUCCGUCCGUCAAGAUCACCUAUACGAUAGUUUCAGAGGCCACCUUUGCGAGCCGCCAGUCCAUCGAUAUCUGGUGGACGAAGCCUCAGGAGCCCCCGGCAGCUAUGCCGGAAUCUGAUGUCGAAGUCAUUGCAGAUCCAACGCGCUUUACCUUUACGAUGCAACGGGUAGCAGCCUCCGAUGCAAAGCAGUCAGAGGCCUACAUCGCUACAUCGGCGCUAUUCCACGUGUUCAGCGGCAACGCGAGAGAGGAAAAGGCCAACCUGCGACUGCCGGCAGUAUGGAGAGACUUGUGGAACGAGCUGGCCGAGGCGAAAAAGGAGCAACUCGAUUCCGAGGAUCGCGCUGUCGUCAGAUCGCUGAGAACGUUGGUUCGGCAAAGGCACGACCAAGAACUAGAAGAUGGAGUCAUCUUGCAAGGCGCAUUCAGGGGCCGCGGCGGCAAGGCUGCACAAGAUUCAUCUGAUAGCGCCGACCGGAAGAAGCCGCAGACACUAAACCCCGACGAAUUCAAGAAGAUCUGGGCUGACAAGUCUGGGACACGCAAGUUUCAGCAGAUGCUGCAAUCACGAAUGCAGCUUCCAAUGUGGCAAUUCAGACCACAAGUGCUCGAGGCCGUGGACAAGAACCAAGUUGUCAUCGUUUGUGGUGAGACCGGAUGUGGCAAGAGUACCCAGGUGCCAGCUUUCUUGCUCGAGCAUGAACUUUCUCAGGGCCGGCCUUGCAAGAUCUAUUGUACAGAGCCCCGGCGAAUCUCGGCAAUCUCUCUGGCACGCCGCGUCAGUGACGAGCUGGGGGAAAACAAGAACGACCUGGGCACCAACAGAUCCCUGGUCGGCUACUCUAUCCGUCUCGAAGCCAACACGUCGCGCGAAACUCGAUUAGUAUACGCCACGACAGGUAUCGUUAUGCGCAUGCUGGAGGGCUCAAACGAUCUUCGCGAAGUCACCCACCUCGUCCUCGACGAAGUGCACGAGCGGACCAUCGAUAGCGACUUUCUCCUCAUUGUCCUCAAACGGCUCCUUGUCAAGCGCAAGGACCUCAAAGUUGUCCUCAUGUCAGCAACUGUCGAUGCGGAGCGCUUUUCCAAGUACCUCGGCGGCGCCCCCGUCUUGAAUGUCCCUGGACGAACAUUCCCAGUAGAUGUGCGCUAUCUCGAAGACGCCAUCGAAAUCACCAAAUACAAACCUACGAAUUCUCCGGCAGACAAGAUGAUUGAUCUUGACGAUGAUGUUACAGAAGAGGAGACCAACGGACCAAAGAGUGAUUUAUCACAGAGCCUUGCUGCAUACUCUCCCAAGACGAGAAACGCACUAUCACAACUGGAUGAAUACCAUAUCGAGUUCGAUCUUAUCGUUCAGCUUAUGGCGCACAUUGCGUCGGACUCGUCUUUAGAAGCAUACAGCAAGGCAAUUCUGGUAUUCCUACCGGGUAUAGCGGAAAUCCGGACUCUCAACGACCUUUUACUCGGAGACCCCCGCUUCGCCAAAGAUUGGCUCGUCUAUCCUCUACACUCAUCUAUUGCUACGGAAGACCAAGAGUCGGCUUUCCUUGUGCCACCGCCAGGCAUGCGCAAGAUUGUACUGGCUACCAACAUUGCAGAGACCGGCAUCACCAUUCCCGACGUGACGUGCGUCAUCGACACGGGCAAGCAUCGAGAGAUGCGUUUCGACGAAAGAAGGCAGCUCUCGAGGCUGAUUGACACGUUCAUUUCUCGAGCCAACGCGAAGCAGAGGCGUGGUCGCGCCGGUCGUGUGCAGAACGGCCUCUGCUUCCACAUGUUCACAAAGUACCGUCAUGACAAUCUCAUGAGCGACCAGCAGACACCUGAGAUGCUUCGUCUAUCCUUACAAGACCUUGCCAUCCGCGUCAAAAUUUGCAAGAUUGGCGGCAUUGAGGAGACUCUCGGGGAUGCACUAGAUCCCCCUUCGGCGAAGAACAUACGUCGAGCCAUCGAUGCUCUGGUCGACGUCCGUGCCCUGACUGCCGGGGAGGAUCUCACUCCGCUCGGCCACCAACUUGCCCGGCUGCCCCUUGACGUCUUCUUGGGAAAGCUCAUCCUUCUCGGCACCGUCUUCAAGAGCCUGGACAUGGCCAUCACGGUUGCCGCAAUCCUGUCAUCCAAGUCGCCCUUCUCCGCUCCAUUCGGGCAACGUGCCCAGGCCGACAAUGCUCGUCUCUUGUUCCGGCGUGCCGACUCUGAUCUGCUCACCAUCUACAAUGCCUACAUCGCGUGGAAGCGCGUGUGCCAGGCUAAUAGCGGCGCCGGCAAGGAGUUUCAGUUCUGUCGCAAGAACUUUUUGAGCCAGCAGACGCUCGCCAAUAUUGAGGAUCUCAAGGGUCAGCUGUUGGUGUCGCUGGCCGACUCUGGGUUCCUCUCCCUGACAGAGGACGAACGCCGGUCGCUUAAGGGCCAAAGAUUCCAGGGCGGACGUGGACGUCGCCAGCAGAACUUCUUUGAGGUUCCGCACAGAGUCAAUAUCAACAGCGACAACGACUUGGUGUCUUCGUCCGUUAUCGCCUGGAGCUUCUAUCCGAAGCUGCUCGUCAGGGACACGCCCGGGAGCAAGGGCCUCCGCAACAUUGGCAACAACCAAUCCAUCAGCCUGCAUCCGUCGUCGGUCAACCGUGGCCGUCUCGACAUCAAGUGGCUGUCCUACUACCACAUCAUGCAGUCCAAGACAGUCUACCACGCCCACGAAACUACCGCCUGCGAGCCAUUCGCCAUUGCCCUCCUCUGCGGCGACGUGCGCUGCGACAUGUUCUCUGGCGUCAUCGUCCUCGACGGCAACCGCGGGCGCUUCGCCCUCCCCGACUGGAAGUCGAUGCUCGUCGUCAAGGUCCUCCGCACGCGCCUCCGCGAGCUCCUCACGCGCUCCUUCCGGCAGCCCGGCAAGCUGCCCACCGCCCAGCAGGAGAAGUGGCUCGACGUCUGGCAGCGCCUCUUCACCCAGGACAGUGGCGGCGGAAGUGGCGGCGUCGGCAGCAGCGGGAUACAGGGUCAAGACACACGCAUUGGCUCGUCGGUCGCUUCGGGCAGGGCAUAG